CUGCAUGCCCCUGGCUCCGUCAUACAGAAGGAAAAUGACAAGAAGAUCCUGGAACUCAUCUCCAACAUCAUCCAGCUGCUGACUGGAGAGGUUGCCAUAAGGUGUGAGGAUGUUUCCAUCUAUUUUUCCUUGGAGGAGUGGGAGUAUAUAAAAGGAAACAAGGCCCUUUACAGGGAAGGGAUAAAGGAGGAGGAGGAGCCCCAGCAGCUCCGCCCACUGGCAGCCUGUGAGUAUAAAGAUGGGAGCGAUGUUACAGCACAUACGGAAGCAACUUUAUGUUGUAAUAAUGAUGGGAAUCUCACAAACCCUGAUGUUUCUCCAGCGGAACAGCCCCCACCGGCCAAUGGGAUUAAAGAGGAGGCGGCUUCAUGGGAAGGGGGAAACCAAUCAAAUUACAGCAUUAAUCCCCUUGCAGAACAGAUACAAGGAACAGACACACCUACUCCUAUCAUGGGGCGGAGCCUGAAUAACAGCUCGUUCACUAAUGUUGCAUCAGAUAUAAUUAAGGAGGAAUUGGUUUUAUGGGAAACAGAACAUAAUUACAGCAAUAUAAAUACAAUUACAGGACAGAAACUGGGAGCUACUGGGAAGGAUUAUAUAUCAGUUGUUGUUAAAGAGGAACCGGCCUCAUCUGAAGAAGAUAAUAAUUUUGCAGACAAAAUACAAUUAAUGGAUAAUUCGACUGUCAUGGGGCGGAGCCUGGAUAACAGCACAACUGAGCACAUACAGGGAACAGACACACCUACUCCUAUCAUGGGGUGCAGCCUUAUAAAAUCAAAUAGCAAUAAAUACGAUGAAAAUGCAGAUAUAUCCCCCGAUAAAUCCGACAAAGCAACAAAUACUUUGUGUUACAAAUACAGCUGCAAUGAGUGCCACAAGCAUUUUACUGAUAGGAGAAAAUUUGAUAAACAUCAAAGAUUCCACAAAAGAGAGAAACCUUUUUCGUGUUCUGAGUGUGGGAAAAGUUUUUCAUAUCAAUCUCAACUUAAAGAACAUCAUAGAACCCACACAGGGGAGAGACCUUUUUCUUGUUCUGAAUGUGGGAAAUGUUUUUCGCAUCGAUCCCACCUUAAUAGUCAUCACAGAUCCCACACAGGGGAGAAACCAUUUUCUUGUUCUGACUGUGGGAAAUGUUUUACAUAUCAAUCUGGCCUUAAAGGACAUUACAGAACCCACACAGGGGGGAAAUCUUAUUCUUGUUCUGAAUGUGGGAAAUGUUUUGCUGCUUUAUCAGUACUUACUGUCCAUCGCAGAACCCACACAGGGGAGAAACCUUUUCCUUGUCCUGAUUGUGGGAAAUGUUUUUUAUAUCAAUCUCACCUUAAUAAUCAUCACAGAACUCACACAGGGGAGAAACCAUUUUAUUGUUCUGAAUGUGGGAAAUGUUUUGCCACUUCAUCACAACGUACUGUCCAUGAACGAAUCCACACAGGGGAGAAACAGUUUCCUUGUUCCUAAUGUGGGAAAUAUUUUGGCUCUUCAUCAGAACGUAUUUCCCAUCAACGACGAUUCCACACUGAGAAACCUUUGUCUUGUUCAGAAUGUGGAAAAAAUGUUUUUCAGGCUCAUCCAUUGUUAAAGAACAUCUCGAAACCCAGACAGAAGAGAAACCGUUUUCGUCCAUGGAAUGUAGUAAAUGUUAUUCUUGUCCUGAAUGUGGGAAAUGUUUUUUCACGUCAUCGGAACUUACCAUCCAUCACAGAACUCACACGGGAGAAACCAUUUUCUUGUUCUGUGUGUGGGAAAGGUUUUACACGUAACAGUAAUCUUAAGAUACAUUUUCAGAGCCACACAGGAGAAAAACCAUAGGCUUGUUGUCAUCGUUUGACAAAUUGUCAUCAGGCAAAUAUUUCUUUGACGUUGAUUAUAUCAAUGUGCCUUUUGUUAAAUGUUUUGUCAGUUCAUCAGA